AUAUCCAUCCUUACAAGCCAUGUCUACUGAAGUUGAAGAGGCAUCUGCAUCUGGCCCAAGCAUUCAUGCGGGCGGCGACAUCGUCCAAAAGCUUGAACAAGCGAAGCAGCUGAAGGACAAAGGCGAUGCCGCGUUCCAGCAGGGAGAAACGAAAGCAGCCCUUGCUUCGUAUCACACUUGCCUCUUCUAUCUGAGUGGUCUGGACAAGAAUGCGCUCCAAAAGGCUCUCGGGAAGCCUGUGCCUGCGCCGCCACCGAUCGAGGCGGUAGACCAGGCUGCGCAGGAGAAGCCCAAGACCGAGGUCGAUGAGCUUCAAGAGAAGAUCUACUCGAACAUGUCCCAGUGUCAUAUAAAGAACGGCAAUUGGAAGCGUGCUCUCGAGACCGCUGAUAAGGCCCUUACGUACAACCCCAAGAACCGCAAAGCCCUGUUCCGCAAGGCCAAGGCUCUGGGCGAGACGGGCUGGUUCGAGAAGGCGGAUGCGAUCCUCGAGGAACUGAUCAAGGACGCUGUGUCACCCGAGAAGGAAGCUUGUGUGGCGGAACUGAACAGGCUGCGCGAGAUGGACAAGGAGCGGAGCCAGAAGCACGACCAGAAGAUGAAAGGCUUUCUGAAGAAGGGCCAACUGAGCUUGGCCAAGGAGGAUUAAAGUGUAGGAAGGUCCACAGACUACUUGGUGCAUUUCUCUCUCUCCUCUCGCGGUGUACGAUGCUUUCCAUUGCUCGAUCGAUAUGCAGUGUACAAUGUUGUUCGUCUGUUUCCCAUGUUGUGUUCUACCCUAUCUCCAAUCGAUCCACGAGUUUCGCGUUCC